UCACACUUGGUGCUGUGCAGUGCGUUUAGCGGUUUACUUAAGCAUCCUUUGAAGUUAUGGCAGCAGCAGCUGUAGCUACGCCAGGAGCCACAGUGCUGCCCACUGGGCCUGCAGCUGCGUCAGCCGUCAAGGCGCCCGCAGGCAAAGCGCCGCUGAAUUUAUUAGAAAUCGCUGGCGAGGCAAAUAUAGUGAACUAUAUGAAGAAUCGUCUGCGCAAGGGCGCAAUGAAACGCAAGGGCCUGGAAAUUGUUAACGGCCAUCAGUUUGCAGUGCGUUUUUUUAAGCAGCCAACUUAUUGUGGUCACUGCAAGGACUUCAUAUGGGGCUUUGGCAAGCCAGGCUAUCAAUGCGAGGAAUGUCGCUUCAAUAUACAUCAAAAGUGCUGCAAGUUUGUUGUAUUCAAAUGUCCUGGCAAGGACACAGACUUUGAUGCGGAUUGUGCAAAGGUAAAGCAUGGCUGGAUUUCAACUACUUAUGCCACGCCCACGUUUUGCGAUGAGUGCGGCAUGUUGCUGCAUGGCGUUGCGCAUCAAGGCGUGAAGUGUGAAAAUUGCAAUUUAAAUGUGCAUCAGCAGUGCCAGGAGAAAGUGCCACCCAUGUGCGGCUCCGACUUGAGCGAAGUGCGUGGCAAGCUGCUGCUCUAUGUGGAGCUCAAGGGCAAUACACUCAAAGUGGAUAUUAAGGAAGCUGCAAAUUUAAUACCCAUGGAUACCAAUGGCUUUAGCGAUCCGUACAUAGCAGUGCAAAUGCAUCCUGAUCGCUCGGGACGCACCAAAAAGAAAACCAAAACUAUACAAAAGAAUUUGAAUCCAGUGUUUAAUGAAACUUUAACUUUUGAGCUGCAGCCGCAGGAUCGUGAGAAUCGUUUGCUUAUAGAGGUGUGGGAUUGGGAUCGUACUUCACGCAACGAUUUCAUGGGCUCAUUUUCGUUUAGUCUAGACGAAAUACAACGCGAGCCUAUUGACGGUUGGUAUAAAUUUCUGUCGCAAGUAGAAGGCGAGCACUACAAUAUACCCUGUGCGGAUCCUAUAAACGAUAUGGCGCGUCUGCGCGAUGAAGUGCGCCAAGAUCGUCGUCCCAAUGAUAAACGCCGCAUGGACAACAAGGACAUGCCGCAUAAUAUGAGCAAGCGUGAUAUGAUACGCGCUGCUGACUUUAACUUUGUUAAGGUCAUAGGCAAAGGCAGUUUUGGCAAAGUGCUGCUUGCCGAGCGUCGUGGCACGGAUGAGCUUUAUGCUGUUAAAGUGCUGCGCAAGGAUGUUAUAAUACAAACUGAUGACAUGGAGCUGCCUAUGAAUGAAAAACGCAUUUUAGCGCUAUCGGGACGUCCACCCUUUUUGGUAGCUAUGCAUUCAUGCUUUCAAACUAUGGAUCGUCUGUUCUUUGUUAUGGAAUAUUGCAAGGGUGGCGAUUUAAUGUAUCAUAUGCAGCAGUAUGGACGCUUUAAGGAAUCGGUUGCCAUUUUCUAUGCAGUUGAGAUUGCCAUUGCUUUGUUCUUUCUGCAUGAGCAUGAUGUUAUAUAUCGCGAUCUUAAGCUGGAUAAUAUAUUAUUGGAUGCAGAGGGUCAUGUUAAGCUUGUGGACUUUGGCUUAAGCAAAGAAGGAGUGACCGAUAGACAAACUACGCGCACUUUUUGCGGCACUCCCAGCUAUAUGGCACCAGAGAUUAUACUCUUCGAUCCCUAUACCACCUCAGCAGAUUGGUGGUCCUAUGGCGUUUUAUUAUACGAGCUUAUGGCAGGUCAAGCGCCUUUUGAGGGCGACGAUGAGUCCAGCGUGUUUCGCAAUAUCAAAGAAAAGAAAGCUGUGUUUCCCAAGCACUUUUCACAAGAGUCUAUGGAUAUUAUUACUAGCUUCUUAGCCAAAAAGCCCAACAAUCGUUUGGGCGCUGGACGCUAUGCCAAGCAGGAAAUUACCACACAUCCUUUCUUUCGCAAUAUUGAUUGGGAUAAAGCUGAAGCAUGCGAAAUGGAGCCGCCUAUAGUGCCUAGAAUUAAACAUCGCAAGGAUAUAAGCAACUUUGAUGAAGCUUUUACUAAAGAAAAAACGGAUUUAACGCCAACUGACAAGCUUUUCAUGAUGAACUUGGAUCAAAAUGACUUUAUAGGGUUUUCCUUUAUGAAUCCUGAGUUUAUAACCAUUAUCUAAAUUGUUUGCUUUUAGUUUUAGAACAAUAAAGCUUUGCAGCCUAAGCUUUUAGUUCAGCAGCUUUAAAGCUGCUGCUAUUAACAUUUAA